GUGAGAGCAAAGCAGCUCCUCCACCUCCAGGACUCUCAUUUACACCUACUCUGCCAGCAGCUGGAGAACACCAAACAAUGGAUAAUAACUUAAAGGUUGAAACGAGUUGAGGGAUCACCACAACAGAUCAGCAAAAGGAGUUUCCCUGUUCCUAGAGAUCACCUGUUCGGUUAAAAGCUGCAUUAUGCGCGAGGAAAACUAGUUUCUGACGUUUUUUGUUUUUGGAGACGCGGGCGUGCGCUUUGGACACCAUGGAGGACAUCUUCAAGGAUCAAGACUUUUGGUCCUUUAAUGAGUCAUCCAGAAACGCCACCAAUGAAACCUACGGCGUCAACCAGACGGUGAAUCCCCUGAAGCGGAACGAAGAGGUGGCCAAAGUGGAAGUUACCGUGUUGGCCUUGGUGCUGUUCUUGGCGCUUGCCGGUAACCUUUGCGUCCUUAUUGCAAUCCACACAGCCAAGCACAGCCAGUCUCGCAUGUAUUACUUCAUGAAGCACCUCAGCAUUGCAGACCUGGUCGUGGCCGUCUUCCAGGUUCUUCCUCAACUCAUUUGGGACAUCACUUUUCGCUUUUAUGGUCCGGACAUCUUGUGUCGGUUGGUGAAGUAUCUUCAGACUGUUGGGAUGUUCGCCUCCACCUACAUGCUGGUGCUGAUGUCCAUAGACAGAUGCAUGGCGAUUUGUCAACCUCUUCGUUCUUUGCACAAGCGAAAGGACCGCUGUUACGUGAUUUGUUCUUGGGCACUGAGCUUACUUUUCAGCAUCCCGCAGGUUUAUAUCUUCUCCUUACGGGAGGUGGGUUCAGGAGUCUAUGAUUGCUGGGGAGAUUUUGUUCAGCCUUGGGGAGCGAAAGCCUACAUUACGUGGAUUAGUCUGACAAUAUACAUUAUACCAGUGGCCAUUCUGAGUGUCUGCUACGGGUUGAUAAGCUUUAAAAUAUGGCAAAACUUUAAAAGGAAGACGAAGAGGGACCAGUGCAUCACUCUCACACCCAAAGCAUCCAAAGGCAGCGCGCUCGCGCGGGUCAGCAGCGUCAAACUCAUUUCCAAGGCCAAAAUCACCACCGUUAAAAUGACUUUUGUUAUCGUACUGGCUUACAUAGUGUGUUGGACUCCGUUUUUCUCCGUGCAGAUGUGGUCAGCAUGGGAUCCUGAAGCACCGAGGGAAGCGAUGCCCUUUAUCAUCUCCAUGUUGCUGGCCAGUCUGAACAGCUGCUGCAACCCCUGGAUCUACAUGUUUUUUGCUGGCCAUCUCUUCCAUGACCUGAAGCAGAAUCUGUUUUGCUGCUCCACACUCUAUCUAAAGUCCUCUCAGUGCCGCUACGAUCCAGAGCAAGAUUCCCGUAAGAGCAACUCCUCCACCUACGUCAUCAAAAGUACCAGCAGCCAGCGGAGCAUCACCCAAACCUCCAUCACAUAAACCAGACGCGCAGUAUCCCAAACCCAUAUACACCACAGGAAAGCUAAGAGACUGCAAUGCAAGCUAAAUGUCACAAUCAGUUUGCUUCAGCUGGGUUUUCAUCUGGGAAUAAUUCAGAAUGUCAGUUUAAUUACUCCACUUGUGUUUCACACAUUUUCUUAUCUCCAAGGACCUCCAGUGGCAGUAAUCUGUUUUUUUUUUACUUCAUGUUUUGUGUUUCUAGACUUUACAGAAAGAAUGUUGUCCAAUUCUGGUUCAUGUUUACACUUAAAACAUGUUUACACACAUUACUAAGAUGCAUUUUAGACGUGAUCACAAUUAGACUAGGGAGAAAUUUAUUUUACACGUGGCAUUUUAACCUGUACUUUUUGUCCACUUUUGACCAUUUUCCUGAUUUCUUUGAAGGGAGGAUCUAUGUGUGGGUGUAUGGACUUUCAAUUUAAUAUUGCAAAGUGCACAAAUUAUACAGUGACUCUCUCUCUCUCUCAAAUUAUACUGGUAAGUAUUCAUAGCGCUUCACUUUUUCCACAUU